AUCUGCAGCUUUUUGACCAUACCAUCACUACAGCUAUUGUGUUUUCCAACAACCACACCGCCUUCAAAUUCAAAUUCCCUGGUAAGUUAUUUGAGUUCUUCUUCCAUAUACAUAGUCCCAAACAGUUAUGAAAUGAUUUUAUCGAAUUUAAUUUAUUAUUCCCACCUGUUAUAUAAACCUAAUAUUAUGUAUAGUUGAAUAGUUCCAAUUUUUGAUGUGGGUUACAGUCUUUCUUUGUAUAUAUGUGUGUAUUAUUUAUUCAUAGAUCAGUCUUUCUUUGUAACUGUGAGUGAGAAUUCAUAUGGGUUUGUGCAAGUGAAAGAUAAUGGAAUUUGAGUGAAGAAAAAAAAUGAAAAAGAGAGACAGAGCUCGGAGUCUUAUAAAGAUGUGAUAUUAUUUGUAGCAGGAGAGAUGGCAACAACUUUCGGAUGUCCUUUUACAUUGUCACAGUGGAAGGAACUCAAGACACAAGCAAUGAUAUACAAAUAUAUGAUGGAAUCUGUACCUGUGCCUCCUCAUCUCCUCUCACCUACCCACAAUCUCUCUCCAGACUCCCACUCUUUCUUGAACCGUGAUGGCUCAACAUCGCCACUGAAUUUGAUCAAGCAUUUAAAACGAAAGAGGUGUACUAGAACAGAUGGGGAGAAAUGGAGAUGCUCAAGAGAUGUGGCUCCACAUCAGCAGUACUGUGAGCAUCAUAUGUCCCUAUGCGGUCGACAUUCAGAAAAGCCUGUGGAAGUUCAUGCCCCUUUCACCACCAAUAACAAUGUCACCACCACCACCACCACCAACAACAACAACAACAAGAAGGCCCGCAUUGAUCACCACCCUUUUCUUGCCACAACUCCGGUGCCUUUUUCUAAGCAGCACCCCUCUUUUGAUACCAACAUUUCUUCACCUCAACUUCUUGGACCCACCAUACAACCAAACGAGACCCCUGUUUUAGCACUUGAUAGCAAUACUGAAGAACGUGUCUCUGAUUCCUCUUACAAGAAACAUAGCAGCAGGGAUACAUCUGAGCAACAAUGGCAGCAUUUCAUGUCGAUCAAUACACCAUUGACAAGGGUAGCCUUGAUUGAUAACAUUUUCCAGCAACUCUAUAGGAAUGAGCCUCUGAAUUUGGCGUCUUAUAAAUCUCAUCACCAAAAUAUUGAUAGCCCUUUGUUUCUCAACCCUGAACCUGUGGCCUCAGAGGAGGCGGCCCAAAUGGAGGCCCUAAAACGCAUCAUUGAUGAUUGGUCAUAUGAUGACGCUAGCAUUUACAACAACGGCAACAAAAACAUGCUCUCUGUUAGCUCAAACAGUGAUAUCUUACUUUCUUCUCUCACUGUGUCAAUGGCUAUGGCUGCUGGCAACGCCCUCGAUGAGAGGAUGGUCUUAGGCCUUGAAGAUUCAGAUGACAACCACGGAAUUGGAUGUAGUGACAUAUCCCAUGUCUUAAGCUGGCUUAGUCCUGUUUCUUAUGCAUCACUAGCAGAAGUCUUGCGACACAAUGGGCACACUGGAGAGAACAAUGCUAUCAUUUUCUGAUAGCAGUGGUUACAACAGCUCAACUCUUGCAGCUUCAACGGCAACGCCAAAAUAUUAUGCCUUUUCAUAGGCCGUACCAGAGCAAUUUGGCAAAAACUUCUCAAGGUUUUGAAGUUGAUUUUGGUUGAAGUUUUGGUUGGUUCAUUUUUGUCCCCUUCAUAUGAUGUUUGUUGCUUGCUUAUUCCUUAUGUGGAUCGAUCCAAACUAAUAUACAUGAUUCUAUAAGAUAUAUACAUUUCUCUUGAAAA